AUACUACGAGGCGGAAGCCAUCAGCCGAAUCAUCCGCGCGAGUUAACCGGAGCCGCUUAUGUUGUGCAGCCACCGACGACAGUUCAACCCAAUUGGAGGACUGUGGAGUGUUUUGUCUUCAUAGUCCACCCGUGUUUAGGAAGUCGCUACUUGUUCGUGUUUGCCCGCGUGUGUGUGCGGUUGACACUUAAAGUGCGUGUUUUUCAUGUUGUGCGGGGUGUUUACGUGACGACUUCCAACUGGCGAAUAGCAUCUGUUCGCCCCCCGGAUGGUCAUCGUCAGCGACGACACCCUCUGCUGCCAUAACUGUUUAGAAGAAGAAGAAAAAAAUGACCGGAGAGAAGAUCCGCUCGGUGCGGAAAGAUCACAGGCCGAGCAAGGACGAGGAUUUACUGGAGCCGGACGAGGAGGCUGCCACCGGGACCUUCACCGCCUCCAAGACGAGCAACAAGAGCCGAGCGAGUAAAAUUUUCAGCAACCACAAGUUGAUCAAGUCCGCCUCCAGCCAGCAGCACAACCAGCAGAUCAACGCCAACACCCACACGCUGUCAACACCGGACGUCAUCGACGACAACAACAAAAACCCCAUCAUCCCGACCGGAGCGGACUUCCUGGUGCACGAGUGCGUGUUCAGGGGAGAUGUCCGACGCCUGUCCUCCCUCAUUAGGACGCAGAACAUCGCCCAGAAAGAUGCCCACGGAAACACUCCAUUGCAUCUUGCUGUAAUGAUGGGAAACAAAGAAUGUGCCCACCUGCUGCUGGCCCACAAUGCGCCUGUGAAGGUGAAGAACGCUCAGGGAUGGAGUCCCCUCGCCGAGGCCAUCAGCUACGGAGAUCGACAAAUGAUCACAGCGCUGUUGAGGAAGCUGAAACAACAGUCCAGGGAGACCGUGGAGGACAAGCGACCCAAGCUGCUGAAAGCCCUGAACGAACUUGGGGACUUUUACUUGGAGCUUCACUGGGACUUCCAGAGCUGGGUGCCUUUGCUCUCCAGAAUCCUACCUUCAGAUGCCUGUAAGAUCUACAAGCAGGGGCUCAACAUCAGAUUGGACACCACCCUGAUAGACUUCACAGACAUGAAGUGUCAACGCGGGGACCUCAGUUUCAUCUUCAAUGGCAACGCCGUCCCCGCCGAGUCUUUCGUCGUGCUGGACAACGAGCAGAAAGUCUACCAGCGGAUACACCACGAGGAGUCGGAGAUGGAGACAGAGGAGGAAGUAGACAUACUGAUGAGCAGCGACGUGUACUCCGCAACUCUCUCCACCAAGUCCAUCACCUUCUCCAGGGCGCAGACCGGAUGGCUGUUCAGAGAGGACAAGACGGAGCGCGUGGGGAACUUUCUGGCCGACUUUUACUCUGUGAACGGCCUGGUGCUGGAGUCCAGGAAGAGACGGGAGCAUCUGAGCGAGGAGGACAUCUUGAGGAACAAAGCCAUCAUGGAGAGCCUGAGCAAAGGAGGGAAUCUCAUAGAGCAGAACUUUGAGCGUAACCACCCGUCCAGUCCCGAAACUGUCCUGUCCCGCUGGAACCUUGGGCCGGCGAGGAGGCAAUCUUUAACUGCCCCUUCACCCAACACUGUUUCCUGGGAAGAAUACAUUACUGCUGAUAACGGAAGGGCCCCCCAUUUAGGAAGAGAGCUGGUCUGCAAAGAGAGCAAGAAAAACUUCAAAGCCACGAUCGCCAUGAGUCAAGACUUUCCUCUGGGCAUCGAAUCGUUAUUGAACGUUCUGGAGGUAAUUGCCCCCUUCAAGCACUUUAACAAGCUCAGGGAGUUUGUUCAGAUGAAGCUCCCUCCUGGCUUCCCUGUCAAAUUGGAUAUCCCCGUGUUUCCCACCAUCACAGCCACCGUCACCUUCCAUGAGUUUCGCUACGAUGAGUUCGAUCAGACCAUCUUUACCAUUCCCCACGACUAUAAAGAAGACCCCAGCCGCUUCCCUGACCUUUAACCUCUUAAACUGGAAGAUGAAAACCUGCAACAAAGGGAACUUUAUGCUGCAAAACAUACAAUUGCAAAAGGAAAAAAAUGGAGGAAAAAUAAGUAAUGGUUCUGUGACCGUUUAUGGAUUUCUAUCCCCAAACCUAAACACAAACAGGACGGCGCUCCACUGGGGCACAGAGGUUGAAAUCUCCUGAGAGUGAAAGUUAGUGGCCACGGGGGGCAGGUGACUUCUUCGUAUGUGGGGGAAUAUGCAGAUGACAGACAAUCGGUUGAUGCUAUGUAUUUAAGUAUGUAAGUAAUGUUUAUAAAGGGAAUAUGUUUGACUGGCCAGUAGUAAAGCACUGUGUGAGAUACAAGAGGGGAAUUCCACCCCAAAAAAGAAUUCUUUUUAGGUAUGUUUUCCUGCUAAAGUAGACUUUUAAAAUUCAACGUGACAUAAACUUGUUUAUAAUCCAAUACCUGCCUGUCAGGUGUGUAAGAAAAUAAAGUCACUUGUUUUUUUACACUCAAUUCUUUAACGAUAUCAGAUUUUGAAACUUUCCCAAAGAUGUAUCACCAUUUGAAAUUCACAACGCUGAAAAUCAGUUUUGGCAAAUGAAUUAGCGUCAUUUCGCGGCUGAAACACAAAAAAUCUUUUUGCAGAAUUCCUUAAGUUGUGUUUGUUUAUGACAUGGCUCAUUAUGAGGCUUUUAAUAAGCAUGGAAUUGUAUCAUUGAACUUUUAGGCACUAAUAAGACAACAGCUACUCUGCAUUCAGAGGAACUCUUAAACAUCUCAUUUUGAAUCCUUAUAGUUGCACUUGAGGAAAUUCUCGAUACGCUGCAUCUCUUCUCUUAGUGGCAUGGAAGUAAUUGUGUCUACACCUUUUGAACUAUGUACAACCAUGCUAACAUGAGUUAACUGGGGAUUGUAUAGUGGGUAUGUAUUAAGGAAUGAAUGAGAACGAAGAACCAGGCUUUUCAUUGCACACUUUGUAAAUACUUGUCUCUGUUUUUUCUUUGUUAAUUUCAUGGUGUCAACAAAAGGUUUAAUAUAGCAUCACAAUUUAAUUUAGUUGGUUGAUAUUUUUGUACAUACUUGUAAUGUUUUGAACAAAAAUUACAUCUCUUAAUUCUUCUGACGUUUUUUUUUUCCCCUUCCGACAUUCCAAUGAACCGUGUGUGUGAUUAACAGUCACCUUCUGAGUGAAUAGCACAAAGCAUCGAGCUUCCUUUGGAAACACAGUCCAAAUGUUGGCCGGAUAAGUAAUUGUUUUAUAGAUGCCGCUGUGGUUCAUGAACCCUUAACUACGUUGAGACCUACAGGUGUUUAGAAUGACGUGAUGGCUCGGUGUUGGAACAUUUCGCUUUUAAAAAAAAAUCCUUAUUCAGUUUCAACAGACACUUAAUUUGAUACGUGGGUUACGUUAUUUCAUGAGGGCAAGUGCAACAAACUAAACAGGAAGUGUGCCUCCUUACUGACAAGUUGCUAUACGUUUCAUUUCAUGCUCCAUCCUGUUUUCAGCUGCUUCAAGUUUCCACGUCUUCAGAUGGAAAUGUAUCAUUACAUGUUGUACAGCAAAGGCGGUUGUAUAAGUCUACAGAACUAUUUUCAUAUACAAUGUACUAACAUUAAAUUCCACAUAUUUCAAAAGG